AUGAGCGACAUCGAUGCCAAUUAUUUAUUAAGCAGCCCGUUAGGACAGCAUCGGCAGCAAGACAGGACGUUUUCUUUCAGUUUUCAUCCGAAAGAGGAGGCAUCACUUCCAAGGAAUAGCUCAGUGCUGGAUGCUCUCCUUGACACACCCCAGGAUCUUGUGUGCCCGAUCACCCUCCAUAUCUUUAAGGAUCCGGUGAUCUCAAGCUCAGGCCAGGUGUAUGAGCGACAUGCCAUCACCAGCCAUGUGGAAAAGAAUCACAACGAUCCAAUCACUCGCUUGCCCCUGCGCAUCGAUCAGUUGACUCCAGUCUAUGUCCUGCGAGUGCGCGCUGCAGAAUACAGAGAGUCAGCUGCUGCCGCCUGCCUUGAGGCAGCUUGCUCUGCAGACUGCAUCAAUCCUGUUCAGUAUGUCCGCCGUGCUGUGGAGUUGGCAGAGGGUCUGUCAGUUCCAGGCCUGUCGCCGGAAUGCGUGCAGUACGUGAAGACGCACCCGUCCAACGCUUGCGAUGUGCAAGUCAUGGAAGUGUUUGCCCAAGGGCUCAUUUCCGCUGGCUGGAAAGUCAAAGCCGCUGCCGUCUAUGGCACCCUCCUGACGGCUGGCUUGGACAAGGCGCAGCAGUGUGCUCACUUGAGAGCCUGCCUGGAGUGCUGGACCCAGCUCCCUGGAGAGGUGGAUGACACAGCCAUGCGCCAGCUGGAGGACUUUGUCGAGGGCCAAUUAAUUCUGAGAUGGAGUCAGAUCAUAGACCUGGUCGAAGCAAGCUUCGGCAGCACUGCAGCUGUGGCGCUGUGCGAGCAUCUCCUGUUCCCUGGCAGCGGCACGGUGGCUCGCAAAUCUGCAGCUGCAAUGGAAGCGCGGCUGCGAGAAGUCACCCUCAAGUAA